AUGAAAUUAACAGUAUUUUUUGGUUUAUUGGCAUUGUUUGCCAUUAUUUUUACAGCCGAAGCUGGAAGAAGAUACCAAUUCAUACCCGCCAAAUGUGUCGAACAUGAUACACAAAAGCAAGUUGAUGGUCCCUUGAAAGUUUGCACCUUCCCACCCAAACACAAGCCCGUGCCCCAGGAAGAUAUUAAUGCUGUUAUCAAACAUAUACAAACAUUACAAUUAGAUUGAAAAUAAAAUUAAUUUAAAACAA